GGUGAUCUUCAGACUGGGCUCCUACCCUGACAAUGAUGGCAGGGAAUCUCACGUCUAUAAGGCUGAACACCCAUCAUUUUUCCUGCGAGCACCGACGGUAGAGAUCAGUGACACCACCAGCCCCACACAGCCGCCCUCACUCGCUGCCUCCACACCCAGUGAGUCUCAUACUCCCAGACUCAAUGAUAUCAACACUUCUACUAAGACCAGCAUCUCUGGUACAGCAGGCAAACCAAUCUGCCCUGACGGACCCUACCUUGGCCACCUUCCUUGAUGUUGCUGUACUCCGCUGCCUCUUUGUGCACCAGUGGAUGGAAGAGGGGGUUUAUUGGGCUAUUAAUUUUAUUUACAGAAGACUUCAGGACAUUGGCGAGGAGACUGGACAUAAUGUUCCUCCAAGACGACGAAGCAAUUCUCUCCCAAUCCCUAAGAUUCAUGUCUCCCUUCACUGUGAUGCUGCAGAUGAAAGGAAACCCAGGGAGGGUCCCGAGCAGUGUGAUCAGUCGUAUUCUGAUUACAUCAGUGAUUCACCAUUCUUGUCGGACCAUCCAUGUCCUCAGCGAGAAGGUAUGACUAGUUCUGGAGGCAGCACGAGGAAGAAAAAGAAACUCGAUGAACUAAAGGCUUUUGUUGAGACUAAGCUGCGAUCUUGUUCUGAGAAGGCCCUUGAAAAGAUAGGACAUGAUGAUUCUCGGAGGUCUUCAGUCUCUGAGGAACCGGGUGGAGCUGGUGGAGAGUUUGGUAGGCAGCUUCCUGGGAUUAUAGAUGCGAGAGAAUUCAAGGCUCAAACUCUGCUCUAG